AUGAAGCAGGUUAGAUACAGCCGAGAUCCUGAAAUAGGGCAAAGGUUUCCAAUUUCCCUAAAAUAUGAUCGUCUGCAAGGAGUCUUAAGGAGUAAAAUGUUCGUAAAUGAUCCUGAACUUUCGGUGGUUAUAACCGGACGAUGUCUAAGUUCAUUUAUAGCCGAUGGUUUACCAAUUUAUGGUGAGAUGUCGAUUACAGACGAUGAAUCUUUAUCGUUAUUUCUUCGUAGUCCUGAGAUUUUUAAAAAUCACAUAUGCAUAGCGGCGCUUGACAUGUAUGCUACAGUUCAACGCUCUACCCAUGUUGAAGUACCUACCGAGAAUGAGUUCGAUUUCGAAGGUACUACCUAUCUCCCAAGUUUGAAUAUUGGUUUUCCAAGGGGUGUAGUUCAACAACAAACAAUGGUAGGAUUUGGUAGUCAGUCAAAUGAUACAACUAAUUAUGGUACACAGUAUGACGGUGGGUGGACCAAGCAUAAUGAUUUUGAAGAUAACCCCACAUUGACUCAGCUCACACAAAUUGUGAGCAAUAACGAUUUAGCUAAUGAUAUAAUAAAUGAGUCGGAUAGCGAUAGUCCAUUAGAUCAUGAAGGGACGGACGAUGAUCAAUCGUGUGCCGACGAUGACGAUUCGAUGAAGAUGUUGGCCCCAGAUCUUAGUAUUAAUUAUCAUUCAAAUGUGAUCCCAUAUUUGGAUAAUAUAGAAGAAGUAGAACCGGAAGAUUUUUCAUACAUGAGAGAUAACGGGUCUGUUCAGGCUGCACUUUGGAAUUCCACUAAUCCUAAAGUUAUCAAAUCAGGAAAAGUGAUUGAGCCACACAAUUGUGACACGGAUGAUUAUACAGAGGAUCAUUUCAAUUUGAAUAGCAACAUGAUUGCUACUUCGUUGAUACCAUCUGUUAUGAUCAACGCACAAAUCAGUAUUAAGUUUGUUCAGGAAACUAUAAAAGGGAUCCAUCACUAUACUCCUAGUUAUAGAAAAGCGCAAAAAGGGCGUGAAGCUAAAGCUUUUGAGAUGUUGUAUGAUGAUUUUGAAGGUUCUUUUAGGGCAUUGCCUCGAUACAUGGAUGCCUUACAACAUUUCAAUCCGGGCACUAUUGUUGAGUGGACACACGAGUCAACUACAAUGCAAGGCGAACACAUUUUUAAGUAUCUUUUACGGGCCUUUAAACCAAGUAUCGAUGGAUUAAAAAGUUGCGGGCCGAUUAUCUCAAUAGAUGGCACCCAUGUCUAUGGUAAGUAUGAGAUGAAAUUGUUGAUUACUAUUGGCAUUGAUGCAAACGGAAAUAUUUUUCCACUUGCAUAUGCUAUAGUUGCACGUGAGAGCUAUGAGUCAUGGACUUGGUUUCUCAGUUUAUUAUGGAGACAUGUUGUUUGUGAUAGAAAGGGAAUUGGACUAAUUUCUGAUUGUCAUCAAGGGAUCUUGCAAUGUGUAAUGACACGUGAAUGGUUACAACUACCCACCACAUACCAUAGAUUUUGUGUUCGACAUUUGAAAAGCAACUUUAACAAAAAGUUUCUUAACUCUGAUCUUGAGAACCUAAUGUGGUUGUUUGAUAAAACUUACACACAGCAGAAAAAAUACCAAAUGAAAGAAGAAAUACCAAAUGAGGAUGCAACAAAUCAAAACUUUGUCACCUCCACUCACGCAUAUGUGGUUAAGCAUACUAUAUCUUCCGAAGGAAAAAUGGACAUUGUAUAA